CAUGCCGCUGUCCUGCAACUAAGCGCUAAUCGCUACAAAGCGGUCUGCUCCGAGCAUUGUUUGGCAUUGAAGGACCUAGCUGUGGGAUUCUGAUUGGGCCUAUAGUGACAAUACCGAGGGCACGAUGCGGAUAGUGAUAGAAGUGGAUGUGAGUGCAGAGGAGAUUCCUCUCGCGACGCAUCUCUUCAGCGCUCUCAGGGCGAUAGCGGACGAUGUGCGCACGACCAACCUGCGCCCCGUGUUCGAGGCGCUCAUUGCGCGCCUGCGCGACCCCGCGGAGCUGGACUCGGUUGCGCGGGACGUGCGCACGCUGCUGGGGGACGGCGCAGGGGAGGGCGGAACGGGGGAGAAAGGGGGCGCGCAGGGGAGUGCGGGUGGGAGCAAGAGCGGAAGCGGAAGCGGGGAGGAGAAAGAGGCUGGAGCAAAUGGGAAGAAGGUCAACGAGGGCCCCUUGGACGCCUUUGUGGCGGCAUUCCUGCACGUGGUGUUUGAAGCAGACCUGCUCGCUCAGAAGAUCAGCGUCGUGCCCUUCAUGCGCCUUGUGCCCAGGUUACCAGAUGCUGCAAAGAUCAAGAUGAGAGACACCCUCAUUCCCAAGAUCCUUAAGUUCCUGACCAUAAAGCGGUCGCCUGACGCCAGCCGGGCGGAGUUCUUUGUCCACGCUGAGGCGUUUGCCGCCCUCGUGCACCUGGAAUUUGUCUCCAUUCAAGGCGCGGUUACCACUAUCCUCACACUACUGCGUAAGCCCGACAACCGCUGUGCCGCGGUCACCAUGCUGGGCAAGACAGUCGAGCUCUGCACUCCCCAGCUCGUGGCGCAGGGCGACCCAGGCAAGAUGGGGGAACUGAGAGCAGCAGUCAUGGGGCUCCAGGAAGAGGCGUUCCGCUAUGACGUCAACUACGUGCGGGACAGCCUUGGCUGGUCUGACACCGUUUCUCCAAUGUCCACCGCUUCUGCUGUUCCUGCCUCUUCUGCCGCCGCUGCUGCUGCUCCUUCUACAGCUGCUCCUGCUGCUGCUGUGUCUUCACCAGCUCCCAUCUCCGCCCAACUUCCCACAUCCCAGCUCCCCCUUCCCUCAGCGCAACCCCCGUUCCCCCUGUCUCAGCCCCCCCUUCCGGCGUCGCAACCCCCGUUUCCCUCAGCUCAGCCGCAGACUUCUCCAUCUCAUCCCCCACUCCCCACUCCUCAGCCUCCCCCCCGACUCUCCCCGCUAGCACCCUCAGCUCAACAGGGGCAGGGGCAGCAGGCAGGCUUGGUUAACGGAUCGCACCUUGCAACAGCACCAGCAGCAGCCGCAACAGCAGGAGCACAGUUGGGCCAGUCGCCACAGCAGCAGCAGCAGUUACAGAUGCAGCUGCUUCAGCAGCAGCAGUUGCUGCAGGCGCAGCUGCAAGCAGUGCAGCAGCAAGCACAGCAGCAGCAGGCACAGCAGCAGCAGCCUCAACAGCAGCAGCUACAGCAGCAGCAGCAGAUGCUUCAGCUGCAGCAGCAGCUACAGCAGCAGAUGCAGCAGGUGCAGCAGCAGCUGCGGCAACUCUCUGCCCCCUCACAGCAGCUGCAGCUGCCACCACAGCAGCACCCGCCGCUGCCACCGCCACAGCAACAGCAGCAGCAGCAAGGGUUACCACCGCUGCCGAUGUUACCACCGCUGCCGAUGUUACCACCGCAGAUGUUACAACAGCAACAGCAAGGGCCAGAAGCUCAGCACACGUUGCAGCAGCAGCAGCAGCAGCAGCAGCAGUUGCAGCAGGUGCAACAGCAACUGCAGCAGCAGCUGGUGCAGGCUCGGCAGCAGCUGAUGCUCCUGUCUGGCUCCUCCCCUUCCUCCUCCGCCUCCACAAUCCCAGCAGCAGCAGCAGGAACAGAACCAUCAGCAGCAGCAGCGCAAGCACCAGUGCCAUCAGCUAGUGGUGGCGUGAAGGCUGGUUCAGCGGAGGCCAUGAGAUCAUCUCCGUCUCCGAAGGUGAUUUUUGAGUCGACUCAAAAAUCUCCCUCCACCGCCAACCCAAGCAUGCUGGUUCCUGUCGACGCCUACAGCGGCCACCAGCACACCAUCCUGGCGGUGGGUGUGGACGAGAGCAGCGGGGCCACAUGGAGUGCUGCAAUGGAUGGCAGUCUCAUUAUGUGGGGCGGCGAUGGCAAGCCUCUGCAGUCACUGCUCUUGGGCGCGCACUAUGUGUGUGGCAUGGACCUCCUGUACUCUCCGUCCUCUCUGCUGCUCGCAGCUGCGCCAAGAGAUGACAUGAGCGAGAGCCAACCAGCCUCCAACCCCAACUCGCCUUGCAUCCUACAACUCACAGGCGGAGAGGGGCCAGGGGGAGGGGGAGGAGCAGGGGCAGGGGGGGGCGGGGGAGGGUGGCAAGUGACGGGCCGUCUGGAUCGGAACACAACAAGUGUGAUAUCAUGCAUUAAGGCCAUCGGCAUACAACCAGACACGGCUUUUAUCACAGCAGAGAGCAUAGCCCCAUGUGACACCUCCCCUGCUUCCCCUCGCGACCGCAUCUGCUGCUACGACCUGGGGGGCGCUCCCUUCUCCAGCCUGCAUCCUGUCAGGCAGUACACAGAGCACGAGGACCUCAUCACAUGUCUCACCGUCUUCCCCCCCAACCCCAACCUCUUCCUUUCUGGCUCCCGCGACUCCACCAUUCGCCUCUGGGACAGACGGGCUUCCAACGCUGUUGCCCUCCUUGGCUCCCCCUCCCCCUCGGGCCGGCCCCAGGCGCAUGCAGGUAUGGUAACCGCGUUAGACGCAUGCCCUGCAACGGUAACAGUGGCGUCUGGAGGCAUGGACGGUUACCUGAAGCUCUGGGACCUGCGCUCCCUGCAAUCCCUUGGGAACUCCCCGCCUCUCGGUUCACUGAACCUGGACGAAUCCCCAAUUCUCAAGCUGGCCAGUAGCAUGCUGCCAGGUGUCGUCGCUGUGAGCACUGUGAGGGGGCUGUACUUAGCAGAUUUAAGUGGCAGUGUGGGGCCGAGUGGGGGUGGCAGUGCCAGGCCGGCAGGGGGGUUCCAGGAUGGGCGGCAACCCGGGCGGUAUCAUGAUAUCAAGUGGGCGCAUGGGCGGCGGUUGCUGUUUGCUGGUGGGGAUGCCAUGCGGGUUGAUGUGUAUGGGUUGCAAUGACAAUCGUAGUUACUGGUAUGCCCUGUUGUACUUGUUACGGCGGUCACGUUAUGGGUAGUCACAGCAUUCUUUAGACUGGGAACAUUCUAUGGCAACUGCACGUUGUAUUAUGCAACUGUAGAGCUGUAGAGUGCGAAAGCUGUUAAUAGGGGGGUUUAGUUCUGCUGUAUCAAAUCAGGUCCUGUGUAGCAUGCUGCUUGAA